UUCAGUUGUCAAUAUGACCGGGUUGCGUUGGGGUGUGAUUUUUGUUUUUUAUUUGUCUCUCGUUCAAUCUUCGAUACGAAAAGAUCAAGAAUAUUGGAAGAAACUCAGUACAAAUGAACUAGAAGAGGCUCUAGCAGUGAAGUGGAAUCUGGGUGAAGCAAAAAAUGUGAUACUUUUCAUAGGCGACGGCAUGGGACCGAACACUGUCACCGCUACAAGGAUACACAAGGGGGGAGAGGGACAUAGACUUACGUAUGAAAAGUUCCCACAUAUUGGGCUUUUGAAGACGUAUUCAGCAAACAAGAUGGUUCCCGAUUCGACAUCCACAGCCACCGCUCUGCUGUGUGGUGUUAAAGCCAAUUUUUACACCAUGGGAGUAGACGCAAGCGUAGAACAUAACAAUUGUUCAGCGUCUUUGAGGCCUGAAGCUAGGCUUGAAUCGCUGGCUGCACUCGCUUUGAAGGCGGGAAAAAGUGCAGGUUUCGUAACAACAAUGCGUGUCACGCACGCAACUCCCGGCCCCAUAUACGCACACAGCGCGAGCCGGCUGUGGGAGUGCGACAGCGCUAUGCCGCGGGACUCUUCUUGUAAGGAUAUCGGUAGGCAAUUGGUGGAGGACUGGCCUGGUCGGGACUUGCAUGUAAUUCUAGGUGGUGGGCGGCAAGGUCUGGUAGCAAAGGCUCAAGACAGACCUUCAGAUCCCGUCAGCGCAUGGGGCUGCAAUAGGUCUGAUGGGAGAGAUCUCAUCACUCAAUACAUAAAGGAUAAGGAGGAAAGGGGUCUGCGUCAUAGCGUUGUUUCAAACACUGCAGAAUUAAAAAACAUCGAUAAAAAUACAGAUUAUUUGUUAGGAAUUUUCUCCAACGCUCACAUGCCAUAUGAGUUCCAAAGGAUCAAAGACCCACAUGGGCCGCCCUCUAUCGUAGAGAUGACAGAAGCUGCUAUAAAAGUACUGAAGAAGAACAAAAAUGGAUUCUUUCUGAUGGUAGAAGGUGGUAAUAUAGACAUGGCCCACCACCGCGGCAGAGCUAGGACGGCGGUAGACGAGUCGCUGGCUAUGGAGGAAGCGGUGUCUAUGGCCGUCAAUAUGACCAGUGAGGAGGACACCUUGAUCGUGGUCACUUCGGACCACACCCAUACGCUGUCUAUAAACGGUUACCCUGAUCGAGGAUCUGAUAUAUUUGGCACAACAGGUCCCUCAAAAUUCGAUGGUCUAAACUACACAACUCUUACGUACGGAGUCGGAGGACCGGGGUCCAACAAACUGAAGGUCCAAAUUGCGGACGACCAGCCCAGAAUAGUCAGGACGGACCCAGACACUGAAAACACUACGAGUUUUAUGUAUGAACAAGCGUCUGCUAUUUUAAAUGAUGAAAAUGUUCAUGGGGGUGGUGAUGUUGCCAUAUAUGCUAGAGGUCCAUACGCACAUCUAUUCCACAAUGUUCACGAACAACAUUACGUCUUCCACGCAAUUUCUUACGCGGCAAAAAUUGGCGCCUUUUCUAAAGCGUCAACGCAAUACAAUAAUGUUUAUAUAUGUUUACUUACUCUCUUGUUAGGUUUUAUGUUUAGAAUGAUAAAUUAAUUUAUUUCGACUAUGGUGAAAAGAAACAAUAACUGUUGGGUAUGGUUAUUGUUAAUCAAUGAAUGAAAAUAAAUAGAUUUUUUUAUAACUAAGGACUUUAAUAUAGGAUAUUUAUAGUAACAAUGGCUAAGUUAAUGACUGUAUUAUUGUUUUAAACAAUUGUUUAUAGAAAUUUAUACCUCAAUUAUAAUUAUCAGUAAUAUUUAAUAAUGAGGAAAGAAUUACGAAUGUAUUAUUACUUCCUCCAGACUUUGAAAGACAUUACCUAUUUGAUAUCCUUUUUUCAAAAUUAUGAUUUAGAAAAUUUUAUCAUGCAUUAUUUAAACUUUGAGUAAACAUUUAUUUUGGGAGAUACCAUGAAGCCUUAAACCAGUACUUAUUCCAGUGUCGAAAGUGGACACUAGAUGACUAAUAUAGUUCUGUUUUUUUCCACACUGGGAUUAGUAUCGCUAUGAGAUAUGCUAUCCUACGGAUAUGCUAUCAAGUUCUUUAAUUAUCAAAACAAGCAGACAGACAGUUAAUGAGAAUGAUACAAGAAGUACAAUGUUUUAUAAUAUUUAGUUUUAUAGCAUUGAAAUGCUAUAUAAACGAAAAAUUUUGAGAGAAUAGAAAAAAAUUCUCAAGUACAAUGAUGUUAAAGAGAAAAGUCGUAAUUAGUGAAAAUAUUAUGAACAAAUGUGUUUUUUACUUUAUUUAAAAAUAAACAUGCAAAAAAUUAACAAU